AUGGGUGCACCCCUCAAAGGCCCUGUGGGUCACCUUCCUAGCGCAUCAGACUUCGCAGACGAUUAUGGAUUUGAGGAAGAUUGUGGAAGUGCUUUGCAUUUUGCCACGACCCCGGAAAUGGCUAAGCUCCUUAUAGACAACGGCGCUGAUGUGAACGAACUUUCCACAUGUUGGAGGGCUCCAUUGCAUGUAGCCGUUGAAAAUCGCGACCUUGUGAUGGCCAAAGCGCUGCUAGACUAUGGGGCGGACAUCAAUGUUCGCGGCGACGAAUAUAUCGAUCCCUACAUUUUCUACGCUACCCCUCUCCACCAUGCCCUUCACAAUGACACUGAUGACGUUUACCUUCCAAUGGCGAAAUUUCUUGUUGAGCGAGGGGCCGACCUAUCGAUGAUGGAUAAUCGAGAUGAUACACCUCUUUUCAUCGCGAUAACAUAUGAUGCUUAUGCGACAACGAAGAUGCUACUCGAGCAUAAUGCUCCUGUAAAUAUGGCAAGACCUAGUGGGGAAACGCCCCUUCACAGGGCUUCGUCACAGGGCAAAUUUGCUAUAGCAAAGCUCCUCCUCGUCCAUGGCGCAUUGGUCAACACCACUACUAUAAUGGGAAGAUCUCCGUUGCGUGAAGCGCUCGAAAAUAACAAUACCGCUCUCGUGCUGCUAUUACAUCAAUAUGGUGCAUUGGACUAG